GACCGUCACCGCAGCCGCACGUAUGCGACUCGACUUACUUUCCUAUUUCAAUUGCCUCCGCAGACGGAAUCUACCUCACGAAGGUAGUGAUUGCAAAAAUGGACUAUAAAGUGUUAGUGUUAAUGUUGAAUCUAGUCAAUAUCGUUAAUUUAAGUUUAGGAGAAAUGUUAUGUGCGAACUGCGCGAACGGAGAUUUAACUGUAGACGAGUUAACUGAAGCACGGAUAGAGAUCGUGAAGCAACAAAUAUUGAAGAAGUUAAGGCUUGAAAAGAAACCAGAAUUGGCGAUCCCUGUGAACAGCCUUCCUAUGCCGGUUGCCCAAGGUCAGACCUUUAGUUCCGGGACUGAAAAAUCUAAUGAUUUCGAUGAAUAUUACGGCAGAACAGAACAGAAGAUAAUCUUUCCCGUUGAAGGCGAAUGUUUGACAUCGGGGCGGUAUCCGUUCACCUGUAUACAGUUCGAACUACCGCCUGAUGUGGAGCCUACUGAGGUCACCGUUGUCGAGCUGUGGUUUUACAAGGAACGCGAUCCAAUGGAUGAAUACAACCAAACCUUUGUAAUAUCUGAAGCAGCUCACUGGGAUAAUCAGCAGCAGUUCAAAAAGACGAAACCCAUCGCCAUUAAGGAGACUUUCAUAGGAGAAGGGUGGGUGCGGGUCGAGCUGGCCUGGGCGGUUAGGGUUUGGCUGGAGGAGAGAGAGAGACUGCAUACUUUGCAUGUCGCUUGUAGAACUUGCCAGUUACGUCGAGCUCCUCUCUCCUUCCACGAAAAGCACCGUCCAUUCCUAGUCGUCUACACAAAAUAUGCGGGCAAGCGGCGGCGCGCGCGCACUAUCGAAUGUGGGGCCACGACAACUGAAUGCUGCAGGCAGCCUUUGUACGUGAGCUUCAAACAGCUGGGCUGGGAUGACUGGAUUAUCCAACCAGCUGGGUACCAUGCGUACUUCUGUAAAGGCAGCUGUGCACCUAUAUCUAGUUUGACCGUCUCGAAUAGCAAUCAUCAUAACUUUAUAAGGAAAUACUUCUAUAGUCUCUCUGACGAAAAAAAAGGGGCAUUCAAGCCAUGCUGUGCACCAACAACGUUCAGGUCACUCCAGCUACUGUACAUGGAGUCAAACGACACUGUGACACAAAAGACAUUGCCUAAUAUGGUAGUGGAAUCUUGCGGUUGUAUGUGACAGAAAGAAUCAAAUCCGCCUUCUUUCUUGUGUUAUAUUGCGACUUAUUUCCUGCACGAGUUUUGUAAAGUGUUAAGAUAAGGAAGAUUUGUUUGCAAAACUUUCUGUGCUGAAAAUGCAAAAAUCUAAAACAAUUUUGGUGAAAAAAGCUUUUCUAGUUUACCUGUAAAUAGGGUUGCUAUAAGUAAAUAAUUAAUUAACAACUUACUUAUUAUAAGCUACUUGCUUAAGUUUGUGAUAUUCAUAGUAAAAUUAUAAACGAAAAUUAUUUUAAGUACGGUGUCGUUCCAUGCUUUUAGUUUUCUAACUAAAGAUUUAAAAAGUUUGCUGCAAAGCAUUUGUUUAACCAUCAAUGCCACAAAGUGUAAUUUCAAGUUUUCAAACGAUAAAUUAAAAUUCGAGCAGAUCGUAGCCUUAGUCUAAUAAACUCACAUCUGUAAAAUGGGAACAUUUCAGAACAGCGGUAGUAUCGACUAAUCGUUUUUAUGCGUGAAUAGGAGAGUUAAAAAUUUCACAUGACAACAUGCUUCAUGUAAGAAAAGCACUUUUCGAUACCUCCAAUGAACACUAUACCAACUUAAUUUUUGCACCUGAUCUGUUUUUAUUUUGUUUUUUGUUCCUUUAUUUUUUUCACAAAAUUCGGUAACGUAUCAC